AUGCACAGAAGGCAUAAACCCAGUGCUCCAGAACACAAGAGGGAUUUUGCAGCUCAUGGAGGAGCCCCAUCCGUGCCCCACAAUGAGAUGCGCUCUUUUUUCAACUUUUCACAGCUCGUGCUCUCUGCUGGCCAUCUCAGAUCACCACCAGUUCUCAAACAUUCAAAAGUUACUUACUUUGAAGUGGAAAUCCUUGAUGUGCAAAGCAAGAAGCAGAUCUGCAUUGUGGACAAGGUACCUCCAUCAUCUACCCUUCUUGAUGUGAAACACAAAUUUCACAAAGCAUGUCCCCAGUGGUACCCUUCCCGUGUUGGCCUGCAACUGGAACGCAAUGGGCCCUAUUUGAAGGAUUCCAUUAGCAUUCAAAGCCUUGCAGUUUCUUCCAUCAUCACGCUGUAUUUUACAGACCUGGGUCAGCAGGUCAGUUGGACCACAUUUUUUCUAACAGAAUACACCGGGCCUCUUCUAAUAUACCUGCUCUUUUACAUUCGCCUCUCAACUAUAUACGAUCAAGUGGAAAGCACGAAGAACUUUCGCCACCCAGUGGUACACUUGGCCUGCUUCUGCCAUUGUUUACACUAUACCAGACAUCUUCUGGAGACGUUAUUUGUCCACAAGUUUUCCGGAGGGCACACUCCUCUGAAAAAUAUGAUAAAGGGCUGUGCCUUUUACUGGGGAUUCACUUCUUGGAUUGCAUACUACAUCAACCACCCACGGUAUACACCACCAUCAUUUGGCCACAGACAAGUUUCUUUUGCUGCCCUUACUUUUCUGAUGUGUGAAGCUGGAAAUCACUUUAUCAAUGUAGCUUUAGCUCAGCAAAAUCAUUCAGGAAGCAAAGCCUGUUUUCCAAGUCCUACCUACAACCCUUUCACAUGGCUCUUCUUGCUGGUAUCCUGUCCCAACUACACGUACGAGGUUGGGUCCUGGAUUAGUUUCACAGUGAUGACACAAACGCUGCCAGUUGGCAUUUUUGCUUUCCUGAUGGUCAUCCAGAUGUCUCUCUGGGCCAAAAAGAAACACAAGCUGUAUCUGAAGAGAUUUUAUCCAGAGGUGCGCAGAAAAGCAGCUAUGAUUCCUGUCAUCUUCUAAGCUCUUCACAAGAGCUGAAGCCUAAAUGUAUAGUUCAGUAACUGGCGCUGAACAGAAACAAGCCAUUUCAUUCAGUAAUCAAAGUCAGUCUAAGAAAGAGUUACUGAGUAUCUUUUUCAGAAAAUUAACAGAUCAAAAAUGAAGAGCUUUUAAUUAAGUGCAAAGAAUGUGGCUUUUCAAUUCUUGGUUCCUGCUAAAAGAUACGAUUUAAUUAGAUUUUGUGUAAUGGAGCUAAUUGGGAAGGGACAAGAAAAUUGCUCAUGUUGAAUGUUAGGAUAGAUAUUUAGCUGUUGUAAGCAGGCACAGAUUCUGUUAAAAUUAACAGAGUACGGCUCACCUGCAUGCAUUCCGGUCUGGUGAUUUUAAGAUUCAAUGUUAGAUGUUGACCAGAUUCUCUGUCUUUUGCAUCAGAUGAUGUUUCACAGCCUUAUUUUUAUUAAGCUGCACAGAAACAGCACGUUCUGCUUCAGCUCCUCUAAAGCAUCACAUCAAAGAAUGGCUGGUGUGCUGUUAACACAGUUUAGUACAGCUUUACAAGGUUCCCCUCCCCUUUUUUUAAUUGAAUCUGAUAGCAAAUUGUUCAAUAUAAAUUUGCUUAAAGUGAUCACCGCAGAGAGGUCUGGUUUUCUUUUAUUUUCAAGUAGGCAGAUCAGCCUCGUCAUCGCAGGAGAGGCCUGUGUGUGAGGUGCUUCCCAUCUUGCCACUAAUUUUCUGAGUGGCCUUGGGUACAUCAUUUAUGUCCAAAAUGAGUCCUCCAUCCCCCAUUCCCACACUGAACAGUCCUGGAAGCAGCAGGCAGCUUUCUGAAGCAAGCAGCAUGUUAUGAUCCUCUUGUUCAGUGCCCCACCACAGCUGGGCAUUAUUCAUCUUAGUCGUGCCACCCCUGGGCACAAGGUGACCCUGAGCAGAGGUUGCUCUCAAAAGGGAAGGGGGUCCUGACAAAAAUGCAUUUCAGUCCCUGUCUGAACUGCCUCAGAUGGACAUUGCUGAACACCUUCAGCUCCCUUCAAUUUGAUCACUCAGUUCUCUCUGCUGUUUUGCUUGCCAGGGCAUUAUUUUUUAAGGUAUUCACUGGGCUUGUUAUUCAAGCCCCUGAAAAUUCUGUUUAGCUCCAUUUGCAAAUCAGUGGCACCUUUGUGCAGAAGCAGAAUUUUUAGCAAUUUCAGUUACAGAGAGCAAAAGGACCCAAAUUGGUCUAGCAAGUAUUAAUGCCUUAACUCCCCAUAUGUUAAAUCCAGUUUUCAUGCUACUUCUAUUGCAUGUCUUUCCUCUCCCUUAGGCCAGCAAAAAUCUUGCCUGAAGAACUUCAUUAGAGAAAUACCAAAGUACAGAAGCAAAGCAGGGCAGUCUGGCCUCCUAAAGGCACCAGUAUCGUAGCUCCAGCUCAAGUGCUCUACCAAAGUUAAUCUGCUCAAUAAAUUGGGUUCAUAUCCCUCUUCUGACGUCUAAUUUAGAGGCUUGCAACACUCAUCCUAUUAGCCACAGGAGCAAUGACCUAUGUUUGUUGAUGGUGCUACUAGAAAUGUGCAAGUGAAACAGUAGCCAAGAUGCAAGGAAUACUUCAUCAUUUUUUCCUGCCCAAAUAGGCAGAUAAAAUGUGCUUGUAACUAAACAAUUUGGAAAGAUGCUGUUAGCAGCCCAAGAAUGCCCCUGCACCUUGGCCUUACUUUCAGAACCAUCGACAGGAAUCCGGUAGAGCUGUACAGCGUGACAGGGUCUAGCAAGUAACUCCUGUGUACCUGCAAUAACUCCGUUUCAUCUGGGUAAUGUAAAUAAAUCACCUUCCAUAUAUUUUAACUUCUAACCUGUGAACACCUGGAUUUUUUUUCUUUCUCUCAAUGGAAAACCACAAUAAGCACCCAGUUCCCCAACCCCGAUUGUUAAUAAAGAUCUAUUUUA